UCCUUUAUGAAGGUUAAUAUUAGAUGGAUAAAAAGAUUAACAAGUGGAUAACAAAAUAUAGAUAUAGUGAAAAUGAUUAAUUUGAGAUAUUGUAAUUAUUAAGGAGGAGGUGAAUAUGAUUUAAAUGGAUUAAAAUAAGAUUAAUGGUAUGAUUUAAUUAAGCAUUUUUCUAAGUAAAAUUUUUUACUCAUCAUAGCUCUAAUUAAUUAAUUCUUAUUGGAAAUUAUUCUAUAAAUAGAUUACAAGGCUAAUUUAAAAUACAAUAUCGAGAUACAUUUGAAGCUAAUUCAGAGUUUGAAUUAAUGUAAUUAUAACAAAAAAAAAUCUAGAGGAUAAGGAUUUAUAUAAAAAGGGAAGAAAGAGGGAUAUUUCAUAGAAGUAGGGAAUAAUUUUAGUGAGUAUUACAAUAUUCAAUUUAAGGAUCUGUUAAAUUUAAUUUAGAGGUAAUUAUGAAGAAGGGAUUAAAGAAGGAAAAUGGGAAAUACUGUUUCGAAAUUAUAAGAAUGAAAGUUUUAUUCAAAUGUAUUGAAUAAUAAUUUUAUUUAGAGGAGGAGGUAGUUUUUAAAAAGGUACAAAAAUAAAUUAAUGGAUAGAUGUAGAUGAAGAAUUUUGUAGGUAAAAUAAAUUUAUAAUUGAAGAUUCCGUUAAAUAAUAUUUAAGUUAUAAUAUAAAUGUGGGAUUAAAUCUGGUCCAUGUGAGAUUUUAUUUAAAGAUCUUGAAAAAGAAAAUUUUUAGAUUAUGUAUUUAAGAAUUUAAAUAAAUUAGUGGAUAGGGAGAGUAUAAUUAAAAUGGCUUAAAGGAUAAUUAAUGGGUUGAACCUAAUGAAGGUUUUUGGAAGUAAUAUAUAUUUGAGAUUUAUUUAAGAAACUUUUAAAUAUUUAAUGAAGGAUCAUAUCAAAAUGGGAUUAAAAUUAAUUAAUGGUAUAUCAAGAGAGAGAUGGAGAGAAUAACAAUAAUGUAUUUUAUGACUUUAUAAUUAAAAGAGAGCAAGGUUAAUAUAAUUAGUAAGGAAAAAGACAUGGUUUUUGGUGUGAAUUUGUUAAUAAAGGAUUUAAGUAAGAUUGAUUUAAUUACUUUAAGAAAUUUUAUUAUUAAUAUUAGAGGAAAUUAUGAAGAUGGUAAAAAGGUCGGAAAUUGGGUAUUGUAUCAUCACAAUACACUAUAGCCAACUUUAUGGAAAGAAGUGUAAUUAUAAAUUGAAAUAAUAUAAAGGAAAUUUUCAUUUAGAUGAUGAAGAAUUGAAAGAUGGAGAUUCAAUUGAUCUAGAUCAUAAUUUUACUUUGUAAAUAAAAUUUAUAAUACAAGGAACAAAUGUAUAUAUAGUGGAAAAUAUUCUCAUGGAUAUAAGGAAG